AUGGAGGGGAGAUACGCCCACAGGAACCCUCCUCAGUCAGGGGUUGGAGAUAAAAGCAACGAAGAUAAGCACAGCAGUGCUGGUCGAGAGAAGAACAACAAUGAAUCUUCAAAGCAACAUCACGGCAAUCAAGAAAGCAAAACUGCGAAAGAGAACUUGCAAGCAGAUGUUUCUAGAGACCCAACCAAGGAAAGCGAAGGCGGUGCACAUGCCCGCGAAGGUGUGAAACAAGAUGUGCGAUAUGGCCAGUCUAUGAAGAAUAAAGAUGAAGGUGGAGAUCGCUAA